AUAAGUUGAGUAAACGAAACAUUGUUGAUAGUCUAGACCUCAUUCUAAUUCUUAGCAAAAAUUAAUUUAAAAUGAAUCUAGAGCAGGCGCAGGCAGACUUAAUUUUGCAAUCUUUACAUCUGAUUCAAAAAUUAAGAAAUGGAGUUGGUCAAGUUUUCAAAGAUCUAUCAGAUGGAAUAAGUGAGUAUGUGGAAGAAUUGCCUGAGAAAGAAGACUCGGAAGGAAAUAAGGACAAAUCUUCCUCACAAAACCAGAAAGAAUCCACGGGCUCAAGUCACGAAAAAUCAGAAGAGCAACAUGAAAAACAUCGAACAAUACUGAAAACUUUAAAAAAGUCUCUUGAGACAAUAAGUCAUGAUUUCAGGUAAGAACAAAAAUAUUUGGUAAAUUUCAACAGAUCGCCCUGGGCCUGGGGUUUCCACCAUCUUAAUCUUGGUUGACACAACCAGUUAAUUCUGUCACUAACUAAACCUAUCCUUAAAUCGAUCCCUAUGCCUAACCUGAACCCUAAAUCGAUCCCUAUGCCUAACCUGAACCCUAAAUCGAUCCCUAUGCCUAACCUGAACCCUAAAUCGAUCCCUAUGCCUAACCUGAACCCUAAAUUGAUCCCUACACUGUGCCUAACCUGAACCCUAAAUCGAUCCCUAUGACUAUACCUAACCUGAACCCUAAAUCGAUCCCUCAACCUAACCUAAACCCUAAUUCACUGCAACUAUAACAGGGUUGCCAACGUCCGUAAAUUUACGGACACUCCGUAAAGAUUUGUCGUAAAAUUGCCUGUCCGUAAAAUUCCGUAAAAAAAUUAAGACGUCCGUAAAAAAAUCGACAAAACGUGGAAUCUCAACGUUUAAAAAACCCAGUAAAUGAUGUUUGUGAUAUCUAUUUUCUUGAUUCAAAGUUUAAUUUUUAAAUUGUUUUAGUGGCAUCCCGCGCUCUAUUAAUAAACUGUAAGAGCUUUCUGAACAGCUAGGCUGUUCGUUUUAAGGUAAAAAUUUAUGUUAAAUGUGUCCGUAAAAAAUUGUUUUUGUCCAUAAAUUUUGUUGGAGAGUUCUUAUAUUUGUCAGUAAAUGUUAUUUUAUUGAGUUGGCAACCCUGAACUAUAAUAAACACGCAAAUGACGUCACGGGAUGAUCUCUCGAUAUUAGCCAAAUAUUUUUAAAAGGAGAUCAAUUAAAGUUAAAAGGUAAAUUUGGACUAUCCGCGCCAUGACUUUCACAUGACCAUAAAAAAAGACAGUCUUGUCUGCUAAAAGAGAGAAGGAUAUGAAUAGGGAGAGGAUAUGCUGGAUUAGCUAUUUACAGAGAGUGAGAGAAACAAAAAUAGGAACAAAUCGUUAAAUUUAAUGAAAUAAUUUCAGACUGUACAUAAAUUUCGGGGCGAGUGAAGCUACUUAAAUGUAUCCAUCUAGAUAUUUGGCAAGAAGCGUUGAAUGACCUGUGGUCGCUCCUUUUCCUCGUGUAAAUUCACCCAGUACAUGCUUGUUUCCCUCCACUAAAACAUGUGUGCUGCUACAGUGGUCAAGAAAAAUGUAAAAAUGAUGGAAAACAAUACAAAAUUAUUUUGAAAUAAUGAAAACCCACCUUACAGUUUCAUAGAAUAAACUUUUACGCACAUUAUUUCAUGUUAAAGCCAAAAAAAAAUUCAAAAACUUGUCUGAAAAUCAAUACUGACAAUGCAUACUCGUUUUCCAAAAUGCCAGAAAAUUUGAAUAUUAUAUUUAACUUUAACCAACCAAAAAUUUAAAUAUUAUAUUUAACCAACCAAUAAAAUUUUAAUUUAAAACAUUCUAAUUGUCUUAUUAACAACACUCUAGUUGACUCUAGUAACAAGUAACAACACAAGCGGGAGUGAAUCCAACACAGAAACUUAACAUAAACACAUACAGGUCAUGAUGCGAAUUGUCUGUUUUAGCCCAAUUAAAUAUUAAAAAUUCGUAAAUUAAAAUAAAUGACCUCAGUAACACCUUAGUCCUUAUCAUCUAGGGCUAAGCUGCUGGGCUUUUUUUAGGCAUUGGUGGCCCAUGGCAGAUUAAUGCACAGAUCAGGGGGAUCUACUCAAGGGGUGGGAGGGGGAGAGGAGCAAGCAGUUGCUUCCAAUCCAAGUAAGAGGGAAUAAAAUCUCCUCCACCUUUGCCGGCUUUAUAAUUUCUCUAGUGUCAAAAUGAAUAUUUGAAAGGAAACAAUAAAGGUAAUUUAUCACUUCAGCGUCGGUUAUUAAAAAAUCAUGUUGUUCGGGUUUGAAAUGCUAUUUAAAGCAUUAUUCUUUCAUUGAUAAGAUGUAUAAAAUUCUUUUAUUGAUCCAAAUAAAUGGAAAUGUUUUAAUACUCAAUAUUUUUUAAAAUUUUCAAUGUGACAAAACAUCAAGAGAGAAAACGUUGGUGAACCUAAUUUUUGUUUCUGCAUGGGAUUAAUACUAGUUCCACCAAGCAAGUCUGAGAUGACACAUUUCUGACAACAUGACCAUAUUUUUGUAUUACUCAUAGGCCUAUAUUCAUAAUGACCUCUUAAAUUAAAUUGUUAAAAUACCAAUACUAUGACCCACAGAAUUGACCAAGGCGGGGGUAUUAGAUGCCCCUUGCAUUGGAGGCCCCCUAUUCCUCUCUAACCUUUUGAAAUAAUGCUAAGAAAAGCUUGGGGUCCUGGUUUGCAUAUGGGUUAUGAUAUGUGAUUGUUUUAACAAUUUUAUCGGGGGAGGGGGGGGUUAAUUAUUUCAGGCACCACAAUUAGGGUUAAUGAUGCUCAUGGCCAUCUAUGAUUCCGGUGCCCCCAUGAUGUAAAAAGAUAAAUUCAUUUUGGGUGUGGCAACCGCUGGGACCCCUGCACUGGGGGCAUGGUUUUGAUCCCAGCCUAGUUGGCCAAUAGAAUCUACAUAGUCCAACUAUAUAGACCAAAUUAAAUGAAACUCAUAUUUUUUUAAUUAAAUAAAAUCAUUUUUAUAACUAACUUCCAUUAUUUUUUUGUAUAUAAAAAAGGUGAUGGUAUUGUAAAUUUGAAUGGGGAGGGAGCAGAAAUCUUGGGUACACAAAGCUGCAGAACGAAAGUGGUGGGAGGUAUCUCCCAUAGAAAUCCAGAAUUUAGUUUUCCAUCAUUAUUCACUAAUUUGGAGAGCAUCAAUGGAGAUUUAGGUUCCCUUAACCUGGUUGCGCUAAUACAAAUUCUUUAUUUUUAAUUGUUUCUAAAUAGUAAUGUUUUUAUAACAAUUUAUUUUUUCGUGUAAAACUACUUGAUUUUGAAAAACAAUAUUUCGGAACAAACAACUUUCUGAAAGGUAACAGUUAGCUGUCACAAAAAAACAACAUCUUCAGGUGUACUCAUAAGAUAAGAAAAAGAUGAUCUGAGGGAAGUUGAAGAAGUUUAAAUUUUCGUCACUAUCUGACUCUUUAUUUGGUUGUGUGUACAGAGUACUAAUAUAUAUAUACAGAGGUGUCACUUCAAAGAAUUUAAUGUAUGCAUAGCUGAUAAUUAUAUGAAAGAGUAUGAAAGAGAAGAAUAUGUUUUUGUGUCAUUCCAAAAGGUAAACAAACUGGUAUGUAACAUAAAAGUAAACAUUUUACAUCUUUACAGUAAAAAAUUUCUAUGAACCAAAAAUAUGGAGUAAAUUAGACAAUUGUAUGGUCGGCUUAUAUAUGCGGGUUUUUGCAAAAACUGGCCAUUUUAAAGCAGUUUUAGGGGGUCGGCUUGUAUGCGAUGUAGGCUUGUAUGCGAGAAUAUACAGUAGUCAAAAUCUUCGUAUUACUGGUCCGGCCCGGGCUGCCGUUUUUUUCUAUAUAUUGAGAGGCAGCAUUUUUCCAGCUUCAACUGGGCUCUUCAUCUCAAUAUAUAAAGGGCCCAAGAUCAGUCUAUGGAUCAUUCUGGCUUCUUUUCCUUGGCACAGAUCAAAAUAUGUAUUAAAAAAUCUUUCAAAACCUGUACAGAGAUAUAAAAGCCUGUGCAUAAAAAAUGUAAAUUUAAUUAAUUUUCAUUCUAAAUUGUUAUUUUUUUCAAUGAAUUAUCCCUGUUUUGAAUGCAUGCAAGCUGUGACCCAGUUUAAAGUCUGGAUGUGUUCAAAGUCCCAAACAUCUAGUGUGUAUAUUUAUUUGUUCUCUUAAAUUUACAUGAUUUUUUUCACACAGUCUUUUCUUGCUAUCAAUUGGGAUCAAAAAAUAAAUAAUAUUUUUAAAUACAUAAACUAUAAAUGCUUUUUUUUUAACAAAGAUACACCUUUAAAACAUUACAGUGACUUGGAAAAAACAGGAGCUAAUAUUGGUCCAGUUCAAAUGUUUUCCAACAUAGACAACCUCAGUCUUGAUCCAGUGGACAAAAAUACAGUCACACAUUCACAGUUACUUCAGUCCUACAAGUGGACUAACAAGGUUUUUAUAGUAUUCUGAACACUUAGGCAAAGCUUUUUUUUUUAAGUAUGCCUAGGUAAAACAAAUAAAUUAGAAGUAUUUAUUAAAUAUAGUUUAAAUGUAUUUUAUUUUAAAUUAAUGAUUAAUUUUAUGCAGAUUAAUUUUAUAUUGCACAAGGUCCAGCCUAUGAAAAUCUUUUCAUACAUUUGAAGUUAAUUUUUUUUUUGAUUUGUUACAGAUGCAUGAACUUGCUAAUCAAGCUGUCUCUAUAUUGAGUCAGAACACUUUGAAACGAACCCAGUCUCCCAAGUUUACAAAUCCCAAAAGACAGAAAGGAAACUUACUCGCAGCCUGUCUUGCAAAUCCAGCGUAAGUAUAUAAUUGUUAUGAUAUCUUGCAAAUUUUUUAGCCCAACACUACUUAAAACUUACUGAUUCGCAAAAGCACUUAGCCGCUGGUCCCCAAAUAGGGAAAAUUUAAGAUAAAAAAGAAAAUAAUCACAAAUUAGUAACUGUUUAAAUGCAGAUAAAUUCCUGUCUAUCUGUCUCACUAAAAAGAUUGAGAAGAUCGGAAUGUGUUUCUAGAAUACUUAACUCAACACUGUUAACUUGUCUUCACCAUCACUGCAGGUUUUUAUGGGUUACAAAAAUAAUUAGUGUGUGCUUUUAAAGAAAUGGAUAGUCUGAAUAUUAAUAAACUUUACUAAUACUUAAUCAAUGAAUACUGAAAUUUCAAUAUUCAUCUAUAAUAAUUUAUACAGAGAAUCGCAAAAAUGUAGUUUGAAGUCUAGCCAAUUUAUUUUAACAAUAUUGUAAAAUUUAAAGCUAGAAAUGACGUGGAAGUUAAAAUGUAGAAAUAACAUGAAACUGCAUUGAAACUAUGUAAAAUCUAUAUCACAGCUAUGUAAAAUAAUGGUUUUGGUCAUGCUUUGUUCCUUAUCUUUUAAUUAAUUUGUUCAUCAUAUAUACAAUUUUUUCAAUGUACUCCAAUGAGUAUACUGGUUACUUCAUUAUGAAUAUCUAUCUCAUUGUGAUAAAACUUUUGAAAAAAGGAACACAAGGAACCUUGAAAGAAGACAAACCAAAUACAAUUAACUUUUCGCCAAAAAAGAUUUCCACAGCUGAAUAUGUAACAGUAAAACAGAAAGAACAAAAAUAUAUUUCAUAGGGCUGGAAGCUGUUUAUAGUCUGAAUGGAAACUGCAAAACUCUGUGGCAAUGUUUGGAAAUAGGAAAGAGCUCUAUUCAAAGACUUUCUUUCUACUCUCAUUUCUAUUUUUUCCAGGGUAACUUUUUUGUUUACAUAUCUUCUGUCUCAUUGUCACCUGAAAGAUGGCAACUCAGUCUCUGCUUCGUUAAGGGAAAAGUUGGGGGGGGGGGGGUGGGUAGGGUAGGUCAUAUGAGAACUGUAGGAUUUUGGGGAUUUUAAAAAGUAAAUUAUACUUCUUUUGUCGAUUAUAGAAAAAAAUUAAAAUUUUAAUAUUAAAAUUUCUAUUUUUUCCAGGGUAACUUUUUUGUUUACAUAUCUUCUGUCUCAUUGUCACCUGAAAGAUGGCAACUCAGUCUCUGCUUCGUUAAGGGAAAAGUUGGGGGGGGGGGUGUGUGUAGGGUAGGUCAUAUGAGAACUGUAGGAUUUUGGGGAUUUUAAAAAGUAAAUUAUACUUCUUUUGUCGAUUAUAGAAAAAAAUUAAAAUUUUAAUAUUAAAAAUUAGCAAAUAAAAAAUAUUAGACUUUCUAAUCAAAGAUUAUUUUAAACCACUAAAAAAGAGAAAAUGAUUAAACAUUACUUAAAAUGCAUUAUGCAAGGAAAAUCUGUGCAGAAAAUAUGUUCAAAAAUGUAUACAAAAUAAAACAUUAAAGUUACUUCUACAUUCAAUUCUAAUCCUUUGGCUGUGGUAGAGUGCUCAUCUUCACUUCUACAGUGUUUCUUUGUGUAAUGCAUUUUAAGAAAUUUUACAUUUUUAUUGGUUUAAACUUGUGUUUGAUAGCAAGUCUUUUUAUACAAGUUUUUAAAAAACUAUUUUUUUUUAACAUUAUCAAGAAGUUCUCUGAACAUUUUUUUAUUUAAUAUUGGAAGUCACAUAUAUUGAAAAGGUACACCAUUUUCUUAAAAGCAAUUUAUUUUGUACUGACGUAAAUGUGUAAUAUCAAGACAUGAAAAUCAUGUUUUAAAAUGCUGUAAUUUCAGUGCAAUAGAUCAAUUGGUAACACAGUUAAAUCAGAACAAUCCUGAUGCAAAAUUUUCACUGUCAAGACCUUUAGGAAGUUGUGGUGUCAUGCAGGUAUUUUUGAAUAAUAUGGAGCUUGAUAGUCUACAAUUUUUUCUUACUUUCAUCCUGAUUUUUCAAAACAAUAUUUUAAACUGAGAGUAUAACACAUGUUUACUCAGCUGUUUUGAUUUUACAAAAUGUAUCUUUUUAAAAUGUGUUCACUAUAGUUUAAUGUACCACAAUGAUUUAUUUGAGUCCUUAUUAUCUAAACAUUGUUUAAGAAAAUAUUUUCAAUUUCUUAUUUAAUAAAAGAUUGAACUGGGACGGACACUUCGAGCCAUCGUGGUUUUAAGAGGUCUCACUAUUGAGUGGGUGAAAGUAAAAGGUUAUGACGAAACUUUUAAAACAGAUGAUGGCCAGGUAAAAUUUACAAUUAUAAUUAAUAAUUUUUAAAUAGCCAGGCACCAUUUGGAAUAUGCAUCUUUGACCUGCACUGUGAGAUAUAUUUUUUAGAAAAUUUAGCUUAUUAAUUUGAAGUUAUUGUAUGAUAAAUUAUGGAAACUUAUUACAGAUGGAUCUGUGGUCUGGUUCAAGAUACCAAGUUUUUCAAAAGGUAUGCUGAUUAUAGAUUGAAGUGUUAAUUCGGAUAUCUUUCCUAAGACUAAUGUCUAAAAGCUUGUAUUGCUGCCAUACUUCCCAUUUGUAUUUAUGAAAUAUGCAUACCAUAUAUUUACUCUAAUCUCAAGAUGACACUUGUCUUGUCAUUAUUUCGCUAAAUUAUUUUCUUGACAACAGAUUACACAUCAUGCAGAAGCAGCAUCUUUACACUAUUAUGCUCCACUGAUGCCAGAAAUAGCCAUCAAGUCAUUUGUGGUUUGUAGAGUGUUGUUACUUGUUUUGCAAUAAGUACUGUGAAAGAAGUAUUUUCAAGCACUCGUAUAAUUUUGCUGCACCAGAUAUGUGCAUUGUUGGCACUGUAAUGGAAUCAUAAUGUAUACCUCUUGACCAAGAGGUUAAAAUAUAUUUUGGGUUCUACCUCAGCUAAGAUUGAAUAGCGGGGUUAGAAUGAUGCAGUUAUUUUUGGGAGGAGAUAAAUCCCAAGGAAAAAAUUAAUUAAAUUAUCACUUCCACUAAAGUUGGAAGACAGCACUCAACUUGCAAUGGUGUUAAAAUGGGAUGUCUAUGCAAAAAUAGCAUCAGUUUUACAUUUUAGUUGCAGCUGCGAAGAAUGAAUCUGAAACAUGUAAUAUAUAUUUAUCUAUUAAGAUUUCAACUGUGGUGUUCAGAUAAAUUAUGAAAUUUAAUCUAAUCAAUUUGGGGAAACUGGAUGGAUAUUUAUUGAUUCUUGGCUUGUUUUUUCUGCCACUAAAAUCCACACUUCCUGUGUCUCUUCCCAACCUUUCAUCUUUAUGCCCUUUGAUCUAUUUUUAUAUAACUGUGUCUUGCAAGACAAACCCGAGGUGUCAUUACACAAAGUGUCAUUAAACGGCAAAUGGGAUUUUAUUUCUGUAAUAAAAUGGUUACAUUUUAAAAUAAGAAUGUAAAAUUUCAUUCUAAUUGAUGCUUUUUUUUAAUACUAGAGUGCAAUUCUAUAAAAUGCACACCGUAAAUGAUGGUAAUAAUAUAUAAUAUAAAGAACAAAGUAAUAAUGCAUCCGCUAAAAGAGAAAUAAAACAAAUAUCAAUAAACAGCAAAAGUAAUCAAUGAAUAUUUAAAAGAUAUUGAAAUACUUCUUACAAAAGCUUUUAUUUGUUACUUAGCAUUUACAUUUGCAUAUGGCUAUGAAUUGAAUUUGAGUGGCACUGUGUAUUUGCCUUGUGUCUUGACCGUUCUGACACCAUGCACUGAAAUAAUACUAAUAAUUACAUUACAUUACUAAUAUUGACGUGAAAAUUCUUAAGGACAAAUUGUGAACUAACCAUAAUUUGUUUAAAUUUUCUAUAUUUUCUGCAGCUGUGGUUACGAGGUUUCUCCAACUUAUUCUCUGCACCUUGUCAAAAAUGUGGGAAAUAUCUACAGAAUAAUAUGCCUCCCACAUGGCGAGAUUACCGCAGUCGUGAAGCAUUUCACGAUGUUUGUAGAAUGUGAGACAAUAUCAUAACUGUCGAAUUAUGUACAUAAUGUUGUAGUGCGACAUGAUCAAUGAAAUUUACUGUACACUUACGUCUUGUAAUUAUGCUUGCAAUAAAUCAUAAAAUAUUGUUGUAAAGAAAUUAUUUGUUUCAAAUUUUUAAAUGACGUCCACUGAUGAUUACUUAGGAUAAGUUAUUUAAUAUUCUAUUUGAACUAUUGCAAUCACAACCGCACUCUGAAAAACAUAAUGUAAUCUGGUGCAGUUUUUAUUUCUGAAAUAAUUUUUUUAACAUGAAAAUCUGUCCAUAAUCAGGUUAUAUAAAUGUAUCAGUUUGAUUAUUGCAAAGGUUCUUUAAGGUAACUAACAACUUAACCGCAAAAAAAUCAUAGUUUAUACUUGCAAUAAACAUCACUUUGGUGUUUAACGUCUUUCUAUUUCUUUUGGGCCUGCAGUUAUUUUGUUUUUGACAUAAAUGUUAGGCAUAACUUUUAAAAGUGUUGGUCUUUAUCUCAGUCCAACCCCUGAUACUGCCUGUUUGUUUUUUUAAAUGGGUCUUUGCUUUAUAAUGAAUAAAUCAGGCAUGAGUGCAUUUAAUAAAAUGAAUUAUUAAUAAUCUUUUCAAACAAAAUGUGAAUAUAUUUUUUAUUUUAUUUGUUUAUUAGUAGAUUUAAACCAUUUUUUUUUCAAGGAUGAGUAAUGAAUUAAUCUAUAAUAAAACUAUCUCUGUGAAAAAAAUCUGUUACUUUUUAGUUACAACCUGAUUAUAUGAACACUUUGAGGCACAAAAGUCAAUCACCCUUAAAAGUUGACCUUAUUGAUAGUUAUUCUUUUAAUUUUAAAUUACAUCUUAAAUCUCUAAUACAAACUGUUUCAAAUGGCAGUAUACACAGAUAAGAUAAUACAGACCUUGAACUCUUCACUUUCAGAGUUAUCUUAAACUCAGAUGUAAUCUUGGGCUUACAAGUGGUGUACCUUUAUAAUGGCCGAGGGAAAAGGGGGGUGGGGGUGCAUACAACUUUAUUCAUAAGUUAAGGGAUUGAUAGGUAUUAUGUAAGAGAU